UAUCCUUUUCCUCUUGCAAAAGGUUCUAUAUGUGCAAGAGUAGGAAACUGAACAAAUAUGGCUAAGUUACAAAGCUCCUACUUUGUGUGCUUUGCAUUUUCUAUAUUUGUUAAUCUAUUAUUAGUCUUGAAACUCUAUGUGGGUGGAGAAUGGGAGCUGAGUUGGAGCAGAGGAGCAGCAGAAGAAGCUGAGCACGUUGCAGGCAUCUCUUGCUCAGGGCAUGGAAGAGCCUACUUGGAUGGGCUUGUUCUUGAUGGGAAGGAACCUGUUUGUGAAUGCAAUUCUUGCUAUGGGGGACCUGACUGCUCUCAAUUUUUAACUGCUUGUGCAGCAAAUGCUGAUGGUGGAGACCCGCUAUUCUUGGAGCCAUUUUGGAUGCAACGUGCAGCCAAAAGUGCAGUUGUAGUAGCAGGCUGGCAUCGAAUGAGCUAUACCUUUGCUGAUCAAUCUCGCAUCUCAGCAGAGCUUGAGAGGCACAUUCGCAAACUUCAUGCCAUUGUUGGAAAUGCGGUGACUCAAGGAAGAUACAUUGUUUUUGGUGCUGGCUCAACCCAACUUCUCAACGCUGCACUUCACGCACUCUCUUCCAAUAAUCUCAGCUCUUCCUCACCUGCAAGUGUUGUGGCUUCAGUUCCUUAUUACAGGCUUUACCAAGAUCAAGCGGAGUUCUUUCGAUCAGUGGACUACAAGUUUGAAGGAGAUGCAGCCGUGUUGCAGAACAUUUCGGAUGCUAAUACAAACGUCAUUGAGUUUGUAACCUCCCCAAACAACCCUGAUGGGAAGUUGAAAAAGGCCAUUUUUCAUGGCCCAAAUGCCAAAGCAAUCUAUGAUCGUGUGUAUUACUGGCCCCAUUUUACAGCAAUUCCUGCUCCAGCCGAUGAUGAUAUCAUGAUAUUUUCUAUUUCUAAGCUCACUGGCCAUGCCGGUAGUAGAUUCGGUUGGGCAGUGUUGAAGGAUGAGUCUGUGCACAAAAGAAUUAGUGAAUAUAUACUGUUAAGUAGCUUAGGUGUUUCUCGGGAUGCUCAGCUGAGAGCUUUGAAGCUUCUCAAUGUAGUGCUUGAAACUGGAGGAAAGGAAAUCUUUGAAUUCGGAUACAACAAAGUGAAGGGCCGCUGGGAAAAAUUGAGCAACACUUUGGCUCUGUCAAAUCGUUUUUCUCUACAGAAAAUUGCACCCCAAUACUGCACUUAUUUCAAAAAAACCAGAAAACCUUCACCAGCUUAUGUGUGGUUGAAAUGUGAGAGGGAAGAGGAUAAAGAUUGCUAUGGAGUACUCCAAAAAGAAGCCAAUGUUUAUGGCCGUAGAGGUAGCUUGUUUGGUGCUGAAGAUCGAUAUGUACGUCUCACUCUCUUAAGGAGCCAAGAUGAUUUUGAUAUAUUGCUUCACCGGCUCAACCAAUUAGUCUUGAAAGAAAGUGAACCCCAAAAGUUAUUUGUCAACGAUUUGAUGACAAAUUAAUCGCCUGUGUAUUAGAAGCCAAUAAUCAGUACACUUUUAUUCAAUUAAGGGUCAAUAUGUGAUUUGACCUGCUACAUGUAUAUUGAAACAUUUCGAAAAAUAGCAGAGCGCCACUCGUGCUCCCUAUGUAUCCCGUGCUUAUUAUAAAUGUAAUUCUAGUCAAUUAGUCUA